UUUUAAAUGAUAAAAUGAAACAGAUAAUAAAAUAAAAUUCUUUUUACUCAACAGUGGCUGAUUUAGAUAGAUUAGCAGAGAUGGCGCUGGACGAUUUAGAGUGGUGUCUGGAGCCGGUGGAAACCGAAGCCCAGCACUCCUCCACUCUGAUAGCCCUCAGUAAACAAUUAACUUGUAUUGACCAGUAUUGGCUUAAUAUAUUUGAAAUCCGGGACUCUUCCAAGAAUCGUCCCUUAACUGCUGUUGCUUAUAAAAUAUUUAGAGAGAGGAAACUUUGCGAAACAUUUAAUAUUCCCGUGAAGACAUUGGUUAAGUUCUUGCUGGAACUAGAACGUAGUUAUUCGAACCUGCCGUAUCAUAACAGUACUCAUGCAGCGGAUAUUGUGCAAUCGGUGCAUGCUCUUCUUCAUAUGCCUACAUUCCAGUCUCUUUUCUCUGAUCUGGACGUGUUGGCCUUACUCUUUUCGGCAGCUAUUCAUGAUGUUGCGCAUCCUGGUUUCAGUAAUCAAUAUCUCAUCAGCAUGAGAUCUGAAUUAGCUCUUACAUAUAAUGACAUAUCUGUAUCGGAGAAUCAUUCACUAUCUGUAGCAUUCAAGAUACUAAAAAAUGAAAACUAUGACAUCUUUUCAAGUCUAUCGAUUGAGCAGUUUUUAAUUCUUCGAAAGAUGACUAUCGAUAUGGUGCUGGCAUCUGAUAUGGAAAAGCACCAGUCUCUUCUAGAAGAUUUCAGAGAUAUGAUUCAAAGAAAACGAAGAACAGGUUUUCAUGAUCUGGUGGUCAAUGAAUCAGAAAAAUUACUAUUGUUGAAGAUGAUACUCCACUGCGCAGAUUUAAGUAAUCCUACCAAACCUCUUCCGAUUUACAAGAAAUGGUCGGAUAUGGUUAUGGAAGAAUUAUUUCUGCAAGGUGACGAGGAACGUAAACAAGGACUGGCCAUUAGUCCUAUGUGUGAUAGAUAUAAAGAUUCAGCGGAGAGAACUCAGGUGGGUUUUAUCGAAUACAUUGUGGAACCCUUAUGGGAAAGUUUCUGUGGUUUGGUACAUCCGGAGGCCGAAGACAUUUUAAGCGAGCUCAGACGGAAUAAAAUUUGGUUUCAAGUUCAAAUCCAAACAAGCCAAUCGAGUAUAUUAAGCCAACUAAGCCCGCCAACCCAAUUAAGCCGAACAAGUCUAUCAAGCCAACCGAGUAAAUCAAGCCAUCUAAGCCUGUCAACCCAAUUAAGCCGAACAAGUCUAUCAAGCCAACCUAGUAAAUCAAGCCAACUAAGCCCAUCAACCCAAUUAAGUCCAACAAGUCUAUCAAGCCAACCGGGUUUCGUUGGCUUGAUUUCAAGCCAACUAAGCCCGUCAAGCCCUACAAGUCAAUCGAGCCAUCUUACUCCGUCAAUCCAAAUAAGCCGAACAAGGCAAUCGAGCCAACGGAGUAAAUCAAGCCAACUAAACCUGACAAGCCAUACAAGUCAAUCAAGCCAACUUAACCCGUCAAGCCAAACAAGUCAGUCGAGCCAACUUAGCCCGUCAAGACGAUUAAGCCCAUCAAGACGAUUAAGCCCGUCAAGACGAUUAAGUCCGUCAAGCCGAUUACCAAAGGAUUCGAGCAAAGAAUCGGACAGGCAAAGAGAUACAAGGCCAAGUAAAAUCCAAAAGACAUUCAAGUAACCAGAAGAAGAUUCUGUGGAUAAAAAUCAGUAAAUUAUUAUAACCUCUGAAAAAAACCGGUCCCGAGAACAAUGUUUUGUUUUGUUUCAUGAAUCGAUUUGUUUAUCUGAUAGCUAUCAAAAGGAGAAAUUGCAUGAAAUUAACUGUCUACUUCGUUUAAAUGUUCCAAAAUGAGCACUGAUUUCGUAACUUUGACAAUUUUGAAGGACUUAUUCGAUGUCUGUUCGGAAUAAAUUCCAAAUAUUUUAUCAAUAGACAAAAAUUUUUCGCACUUGGCAUUAGUGAUUAAAAGAAAUCGCAUUUGUCUUUAACGAUUUAAAAAUAAACGGUAUAAAGCAUUGGCGUUUUAUCGAUUGUGAAUAUCCCUUUAAUCAUUUUUUAACGAUCGAUAAGCCGAUUAAAGUGCAUUUCGUUGCAUGUUCAUUUGAUAUUAUGUUCUAAUAAUAAUUUUCUGAGAGAUAUGAAGCAAAUUUUACGCAAAUUUCUCCUUUUUCUUUUCAGUUUCCAAAGAUAAAAAUAUAGAUCUUGUAAUCAAAGAGAUCUCAGCUCUCUGGUAUUCAACUAUUUCUCUUUUAAAAAUUAACGAUAUUCCAAGCAAGUAUUAAUUUAAAUUUGUUGCUUAAACUAUUUAUUUUGAAUCCGCCAUUUCGUUAUAUUUUCACCAAUCAUAAACUAAUAAUGUGAAGAUAUCCAUUUUUUAUGAGCAAAUUUAUGUUAAAAACCUUAUGUAUUCGCUAUAAUUCUUUUUAAUAAUAAACAUAAACACCAUAUUUUUUUUUAUAUAAAAGGGGAUAGCUUAUUUAACUAUUUUAGGAAAAUUUAACAUUCUUUUAUUGGAGGCAAAAAUAAUUAUGCGCUUUUCUCAUGUGGUAAUCAACAUUUAACACACAUUCCAUACUGUACGAACUGUGUAUAUAUUGUUUGUUUUUAAAAGUCAGAUAUAUAUUUUAUCAGAAUUGAUUGUCCUUUAUUUCGAUAUCGUCAAUGGUUUUAGAAAUCAAAGCGUAUCAUGAAAUUUUAUAAGCCAAUAGAUAAUUUGUGGUCUCUAGUGAAACAGAAAACUCUAGAAACAGAAAACCCAUUCAGCAAUGCAGUAACACAACAUGGACCGUUUAAUCGAUUUAUGAAAAAUGUAUCUGAUUUUCCAUUACUGAAAUUCCAGUCGCAAGUCCUUAUUAAGGAGAUCCUUUGUGACUAUUAUAUAUUCUCAUUGUUAUUAUGCACAUAUUGUAUAUUAUAUCUUUGCACUAUUUAUCUAUCUAUAUAUGUAUGUCAUAAAUGCACAAUUUAUAUUAUAUCUUUGUACUAUUUAUCUAUCUAUAUAUGUAUAUCAUAAA